AUCAUGUCCAUUUACAAGGAGCCGCCCCCGGGAAUGUUUGUUGUGCCUGAUCCCCAUGACAUGACCAAGAUUCAUGCAUUGAUCACAGGCCCAUUUGACACGCCUUAUGAAGGGGGUUUCUUCUUGUUCCUGUUUCGCUGUCCUCCAGAUUAUCCCAUCCACCCGCCGCGGGUCAAACUGAUGACAACGGGAAAUAACACAGUGAGGUUUAACCCCAACUUCUACCGCAAUGGGAAAGUCUGCCUGAGUAUUCUAGGCACCUGGACCGGGCCGGCGUGGAGCCCAGCGCAGAGUAUCUCCUCAGUCCUCAUCUCCAUCCAGUCCCUGAUGACUGAGAACCCCUAUCACAACGAACCCGGCUUCGAGCAGGAGAGGCACCCUGGGGACAGCAAGAACUAUAACGAGUGCAUUCGGCACGAGACCAUCCGGGUAGCAGUGUGUGACAUGCUGGAAGGAAAGUGUCCCUGUCCUGAGCCCUUACGGGGCGUGAUGGAGAAAUCCUUCAUGGAAUACUACGACUUCUAUGAAGGGGUGUGUAAAGAGAGACUUUACCUCCAAGGACAGACAAUGCAGGAUCCUUUUGGUGAAAAACGAGGCCACUUUGACUAUCAGUCCCUAUUAGUGCGUUUGCAAGGAAUUCGGCAGAAGGUGCAAGAGAAACACCAGCAGGAGAAUACAGAAAUAGACUCUGAGAGCAGCUCCUCCGAGACAGAGACAGACACUCAAGGUUGCUCUAAAGCUUAGAGCUGCGCUGCCGGUGGAGGGGCCGAGCCGUGGGGAUGUCCUGUCUUCACACUCUAGAGACCCCCGACAGACUCCACAACCCAACCGAUGCCAGAGCGGAGAGGACUGGGGGAUGUCUUCUGUCUCCUUUUACUGCUCUGGUGGAUAACGCUGAACGAGAAGACUUCAUGCUAGACAAAGCCAAGCUUGUGACAGGCUACUCUUAAAAAGGUACUUACUAUGCUAGAAAGCUGGAGCAUGUGGCAUCAGGUUAUUUUUUGGAAACACCUACACUGGUUGGUUUUUUUUUUUUUCCUUUAUUUUUUUUUUUUCCUCCAUUUGAUUAAAGAAUGAGAUCUAGACUGCGAAUCCUCUUGACAGCUUUUCUGUUCCUAGACAGUGAGCCCCUUCCCCGGGGCCGUGCUGAACGUGGAGCUGUGGGAGCACUUUGAUGAGCCCAGGGUAUGACGGGGCCCACGCACCCCGUGCCCAGGUGAAACCUUUUUUUUGGUGCGGGUUGGGAGAGAGAUGGAGCCUCUCUGCUCUGUGGAGCCCACCUACCUGAUGUCUUUCUUCUAGACACUGUUCUAGACAGACCAAAGAUAAAAGAGCAGUGGUGGAAUCUGGGCUCCUUUCUGAAAGCUUUACUCAAGCCCUGGGUGACUUCGUCCACUGAGACUCCAGGCGCAAAGGGGCAGAUGAGAAGUGGAAACAGCAAGAAUCCAGGAAUCAAGUGCAGGUGUGUUCGUCUUGGUGAUCUGGGGAAGGGGGGGUGAGAAGAACAUGGGUCAGAGAUGGGGAGAGCACUUAUAAGUCGAGUUUGUGUACUAUUUCUUUAAGGUAUUGAUUUGAAUUUAGCAUCCUAGAAAUACUUUAUUCUGGCUGCUCUGAAGGGAGCUGUUUUUUUUUCCUUAACUGAAGUAUUCUUUACUUUCCACCUCCCUAGUCAGUACAGUAUUUUAUUUUCCUCCCUUCCUCCUCCUCCUGCCUCCACCGGCAGAUCCGAGCGCUGGGAUAAGGGGCCGUUCCAGCGGAGGAAGCUGCUGUUUGGGGUGGAGCUCCUCGGAGGUGGACGCCUUGUUGCCGACAGAUUCCUUUGCCAAACUUAGCCCAGUGUCGUCGAGUUUAACACUUCGGUGCUUUUGAACGUUUUAAAGCAGCAGCUUUUCUUUUUUUUUUUACUGUGAGCAGAGCCCCUCGGCGAGACGCCUGCGAGUGCCAUUACAUCAAAGUGCAGUCGGUGUAACUUGGGUGGAGGCGAAACACACGGUUUCUCCAGGUGUUAUGAGCCUGGGGAUGGUUGAUUGGAGCAGUGUAACAUUUUGUUGAUAAAGAGCUUAAUCUACUUUUUUUUUUUUGUUGUAUUAUUCCUUUUAUGGGAGCUUUGAUAGAAAGCUGAGCACAAAGUUGCACAUUGUCCUGGGCCCUCUCCCGGUUUCCUUAAACACCUUCCCACCAGCUCGGCCCCGUUUCAGACUCCUCGUGGUGGUGGGAGAACUUCCAACACAGUCUAAAGGAAAAAAAAGGGCAGAAAGAGGGGGCCUGGAAGGCCCCUGCCACGUGCUGCACAGAAAGGCAAUGCCCCACACCUCACUCAAUUAUUGUCACUCUCUGAUUUCGAUCGACUCUUGCAGAACUCAGAGGCCUGCACACUGCUGCUCCGGCAGCGCCGAAAACCCGAAAGGUGGAAACAUUUUGGAAUUGUUAAGGUGCCGUUGAACAACUCGGGGAACCUUUUUUUUUCCUCCCCCUUUAGCAAGUAAACACCCCUGGGUCUGUCAUUGGCUUGAUUUCGACUUAAACCCUGUCUCCCCCUCGAGGGAAAGCUGAACUUACAUAGGACUCACUCAACACACACCAGAGGAGAGUAAAUAAAGCGGUGUUCACCUCGGAAGCAGCUCUGGGGGAGGUGGGGGGGUCUCCCCACGAGUCCCCAGCUGCCUGAUAUUUUACCACCUCUUCAAUCCCAUUGUAAAUGUCACGUUGUUUUUCACCAUUCAGUAGCGUCGUGGGUAGAGCUGUGACUCCCCUGCCUUCCCCAGGCAGAGCUGGGUCUGAAAUCUGUUUGUGGUGCAUGUGGCGUUACCAUCCACCCAUACAAGGAAACGAGAAAAUGCCUUAUUGUGGACACUAUUCACAUAACUCGCAUGUGGCUGUAAAAGAGAAGUAUUAGUUUUAUAGCUCUAAUGUCGUCUGUCCUACCAUUUCUGAAUGUUUCCAUUUCAAAGUGACAAUCCUCAAAUGACUGCUCUAGACAGAGAUGUUUUAGCAACAGAUUUUUAGACCUAAUUGAGUUGAAAAUAUAUGCACAAGAGUCACUCUAAGAUACCUUGUUUAUAUACUAUUGUACAUA